AUGUUGCUUAGUACUUUCAUCAAACAAAAUGAUAAUGAAAUAAUAUAAUUUAAAAUUCAAAAUAUUCAUUUAUUGAUAUUUUUUUUCACAUUUAUUCUUUUUUUAAGAAAAAACCUUAAAUUUUUGAGGUUUAUUUUAAAUCUAAUUUAAAAAUUGAUAUUUAUUUAAACGAAUCAAUAGGAUUAUUAUAAAUUGAUGCUAAACAUGUAUGAUAUUUUUGCUUUAUUAAAAACCAAAAAUAAAUAUCAUCAUUUUUAACAUUUCAUUUUUUAUUAGAAUUUCAAGUUUUAAUAAUAUUUUAUAAAAAGCUUUCCUUAUAAAUAGGUAGUGCAAUUUUAAAGAAGGUUAUAAAAAUUACAUUAAUUUAGAAAUAGGAAAUGGAUAGAAUUUAUAUGA